AUGUCCAUUUAUUCAAUGGCGCAGUGUGUUCAGCAUGCAUCUAGCGAGCACUUGCAAACAGUUUUGGAGGACACAAACCAAGUCAAUUCUAGCGAACUGAGAGAAAUAGUAAAACACAAUAAGGAAUUCAACAAUGGACCAGAGAAAGCACCGCCUUCUGAGGGCACCAACCCAUUUACGACGAGCGAACUGAGAGCGAAUACCAAGCACCAUAAGCAGCCGAAUCAUCCAGCGGAUGGGGAGGAAUCUUCGUCUGCCUGCUCUGGCGCCACAAUUCCCUUUACCUCGGGCGAGUUUAAGGCAAUUCUCAAGCGACAUGAAUACAAUACUCGAUCAAAAAGGAAGAUUGGGACUAGUCACCCAGCCUUGCAGGGCCCUAUUCUUGAUCCUGGCAGGCCAAGCAAGCGUGAUCAUUCCGCGCAUCGCGGUGACCCGAGCAAGCAGGCCGGUGUUGUUGAUAAUGACAAACCACCUAAGCUGGAUCGAUUUGUUGAUCGCGAGAAGUCAAGCAAGCAGGCCAGCGUUCUUGAUAAGAACAUACCCAAUGGGCAGAGCCGCGUUUUUGAGCAUGGUGAAUCUAGCAAGCAGGGCUCUCGUCAGGUUGCCCAAGUGAAACGAAAACCACGGACAAUACAGGAUGCCAACAUUAAUAAAGCAAGUGAAACUACGCAGGCUGGCCCUUCUAUGGCAUGCCGACAGAGCAUCGCAAGGGCGACUCUUAAAUUAGGCCCGGAAAGUCUAAUUAAUAUCAGUUCUGAAACGAUUGGGAUGUCACAGAAACGCGUUCUCCAUACCACUAGAGAGUUUGCUCUGACCCAGUCACAGCAUGAUUUUGGUAUGAAGCUACAUAUCGCCAAGCUCCAUUCAGAUAAAGAACAACUCGGCCGGGAGGGACUGAGCAAACCGCUCCGAUUGGUCCUCUUUUUCGACCCCAACAGCGACUCCGUGCUGCUCAUCAACAAUACACUUCUAUCUAAGCAGCAGAUGCUCAUUAUUAAACAACUGCCAAUUUCUCCUGGGAAACGACCAACUUCACUGGGUUAUAUGGAAAAGACUCCCCUAGCGCCCUCCUCAUAUCGCUUGUUCGUGUCUGAUGGACAUGUGUUUGACAUUACCGUCCUCCCACGCCGCUAUGUCGCCUUGAAGUCGGGGCCUCGCAGACAGGUGAUGCAAAGCGUUAAGAGAACACUUGAAAUAUUGUCUCAACGCUCCCACCCAUCGGUAGCUAAGAGAAUAAAGAUAAAUGAGAUAAACGACGAAUGCAGAGGAGAGAAAAUGGAUGUAGGUGACCAAUCGAAGGGAAAGGGAAAAGAAAUAAGGCACCAGUCGAAACAAAAGACAAAUAAAAAAGAAACAAAAGAUGACCCGAGAGGGAAGGGAAAGGGAAAGGCAACUAGCGACGCCUCCAACGUGGAGGAGACAACCGAUGAAUCGAAUGCAUCUACCAUUGUCCGGAUACGGCCGCCGUCCAACGACCUCAUACCUGCAAGCGCAUCUCCAUUCCCCAGCAGCUUAGAUCUAAGAACCGGUUAUGUCUCCGCCGUGAAUCAUCCGUUGGAAGAACUCCAGCAGAAUGCUACCAUCAAGAUUGCCAAUGCUACCAGAGAGGAAGAUUACACGCUUGUUCGCAGAGACAAUAUCGCAAAUCAAGCGAACACAUUGGUCUUCAAGGCUCACCACUCGAAGAUUCAGGGAAAGCUGAUAGCUGUCAAAGUAUGGCACAGUACAUCCGAUGCUAAUCUCAUCCCUAGUACAGACGUGAAGUCUAUAGCCAAUAUCAGCAAAUAUUUCUUGAAUGAAUUGAAGAAUCACUUGACAGUGAGCGAGCAUCCCACGAUUGCCAGUCUUCAUAGUUUUGAUGUGAGGCUCCUGGCGCUUUACAUCGAACACAUCGAUGCGCCUAAUUUAGCUUUCUACCGGGAUCCUGGAGAUAAUCCUUACUGCACGUUAGAUGAUAGCGACGCAGAGCAAGUAUUACAGGGUAUAGCCGGUGCCCUCAAGUUCAUCCACGACAAAGACGUCGUGCACAAUGAUAUCAAGCCAGCGAAUAUCCUCUACUCCAAAGUGAGGGGUCCAGUCCUCAUCGAUUUCGGUUGGUCCUCUGACACAAAAACUAUCCAUACCGCUGGAUCACCCUGGUAUAUACCGCCUGAAUACCAAAGGCAUGGUACUCGUGGGCCUGCGGGUGAUGUAUUUGCUUUUGGCGUUGUUAUGCUUUAUCUCAUGCGUGGGAUCCCGCUCCCAGAGCUUCUAUCACCACGCUUAAGAUGGCAGAUUCACCAUCUUCGAUCAAGAGGCCCCGAAUCUGUUAAAGCUUCUGAAACAAUGGGUCAAUGGCUGCGAAUUAUCAGGAAAACUUUACAAGAGCUACCGGAUGUUGAUGAUGAGGACGGUGGCGGGAUAUUGGAAGCAAUAGUUCCUCACAUGGUAGAAUUCGAAGACAAAGAUAGACUGACAGCGCAUGACAUAAUUCAAACGAUGUCGGAAAGAGCGGGACGGUUAUAUAGAGCAUAG